UGCGUCAAUAGUAUCAUCACACUCAGUCUUAGACCAACUAGCCACAAGCAAGAAAAGCACCUUGCAACUUUCAGCAAAGCUGUAUACUUUUUAGCAAAAGUUAUCAUCAUAGAUUCUUAAACAAAAACUUAACAGCAAGAAACAUCUGCAGUUAUAGAGCAGUCCAUUUCCACUGUAUUGGGGAAACAACCAAUCCAUUCGCAAUGAGUUUUGAAAGUGUACCAUCCAAGUCAGAGGUGAUGAGCUGGAACUCUGCAAACUUGGCUGAUUAUCUCAAAAAAAUGAAACUGUUGGGGUGUGACAGAGUGGUGAAGAAAAGCAAUUUGAGUGGUGCAAGAUUCUUGAACAUGACUGAUAAGGACAUUAAGAAGUUCCCCGCAACACAUAUACCAUUUAUCACGAAGAUCUGCAGAGAUAUUAAUCAGAAUAACAAACAAAAGAAGGGUCUGUUUCAUAGAUCAGAUCAUCGGAUGCCUCCAAACCAAGAACCUAGUCCAGGAGGUUGGGACUCUGAUGAAUUUGACCAAGAUGGAAGUGACAACGACUAUGAGGAGCCAGAUGAUAGUAAUGCGUUUGAAGACAACUACAUAUGUGCAGCAUCAUGUGAUACUGAAGAUGAUGAGAAUGCAGAUGAUGACUAUGAACCGCCUCCUGCCGAAACACCUUCUGAAUUACCGUCUCACUUUCGUGUUGCCAAGCCUCUUGGUGAUGGUGAUUAUUUAGACAGCGGCCCACGUGGUUCUGCAAGACCAAAUCAGAACAAGUUAGCAUCUCAUCCCAGAGGACUUUUGAAUACACCUAAGCCUCCAUCACGACCGGAUCCCUCUCCACACAGGCCUUUCGUUCCCCCCGCUCAAAGCAAACCUGCUUUGCCAAUGGUAGAUCGGAGUAAGAAACCUGGCUCAUCUGCUCCGUCAAAAAAAGCAAAUUUACCCACAAAAAGAUUUAAUAUCCAACAGAGGGAUGAUCUUCCUCCUCCACCUGUAGAAGUGAUGGGGCAGGACAUGGAUCCACGGUGGUAUGUCGGGCAAAUGUCACGAGGACAGGCCGAAGUCUCACUCAGACAAAUUAAAAGAGAUGGCACUUUCUUGGUGAGAGACAGUUCAAAGGGCUGCACAGAGCAGCCAUACACACUCAUGGUGCUACACCAGCAAAAAGUGUACAACAUCCAGAUCCGUUUCCUUGGAAACAGCGAUGGAUAUUCCCUGGGCACGGGCCUAAAUGGGAUUGAGAAUUUCUCCAGUGUCAUGGACAUGAUCACGCACCACAUGAAUACCCCACUGAUUCUGAUAGACGGAGCGGAGCGUGGAGCUGGACUUCAUCGGCAGUGCUGCCUCAUGCACCCGGCGGGUUUCUGACCCACAAAGCAGAAGAGCAAUCUACUGUAUAUAGCUAAUACUGACUGGAUUCCAGUGUCAAACAGACUUUGAUGGAAUUCAGACACGCUGUCUGUGAAAUGGCGCAACUGCAAUGUUGCCAAUCAACACCAAUAUAUCUUAGCACUAAAAAAUGAAGUGCAUGACUAAAUGAAUAAAUCAUAUUCAGUUUAAUUCGAUCAGACAUGACUGUGUACAAUUUUAAAGACAAAUCUUUAAACACAUCUUUACAUCUUUAAAUUAUCAAUGUUAAAAUCAAGAUGCAUUUUAGACUUAAUUUUAGCUGGAGGCAACUGUACUUAUUAUUAUCAACUCUGAAAAUGUAUAUUUGUCUGUUCUUAAUUAAAUAUCCCUAAUGCUUUUAGAGUUUGAACCAUGUUUUCGAAUAAACUGUGAUGUUUAAGUGAAAAAGC